GUAGUGCAGGGCUGAGAAGGAGCGUAAACAAUGUAUUUCUCCUCACAAGUGUAUUGAUUAUAUUCGGGAUUUUAAUUCGUGUAGAAUGAAGGCGUUGAUAUCUGUGAAUAGCUCGGACUGUGUUUCGCCUACGAGAGCAGUCAAUAAAUGUUGAGGUUGGCGGUUAAAUGGCUUGUUUUAGCGUUAGCUCACAUCUGUCUAAUCUCUGCUAGUGCUUUCAGUCAGAGGCCACAGUGGCUAGCUAAGCUAAGUUAAGCUAAAAUAAGCUAAGCUAACGACAAUGCAAGUUGAAACAGCGGGAAUGCGGAUUUCUGAAAGUGAAGGCAAGCUCGAUGCUCACACCCAGAGCUCAUUCAGGACGACCUCGAAAAGUUGGCAGUACAGUGAUCACAUGGAAAAUGUAGAUGGAUAUUUAAUGAAGUACACAAAUCUGGUAACAGGAUGGCAGUAUCGAUUCUUUGUAUUGAACAACGAGGCAGGGCUGCUGGAGUAUUUUGUGAACGAGCAAUCACGGCACCAGAAGCCCAGGGGCACGUUGCCUUUAGCAGGCGCAGUCAUCUCCCCAAGUGAUGAGGACUCCCACACCUUCACUGUCAAUGCCAUCAGUGGGGAGCAGUACAAACUCAGAGCUGCUGAUGCUAAAGAGAGACAGCACUGGGUGAGCAGGCUGCAGAUCUGCACACAGCAUCACACUGAAGCCAUGGGCAAGGGCAGUUCCACUUCUCCUGUGUCCCAGCGCAAGAUCAGCCAUAACACCGGCUCCAUUUUGGGUCUGUCUCAGUUCCACCGUGGCUCCUCCAUCUACUCCAGCAAGCGUUCAGUGCUGCGUGACCACCUGGUGGAAGCUCGUGAGAUGAUGACCCAGGCGCAGGACCAGCACAGAGACCUGGUGCAGUGCAUUGAGGGCCUGCCAGCCAGUCACAAUCCCUCUCCACUGGACCAGGACCUCUUGCUGCUUAAAGCCACCUCGCUGGCCACAAUGUCCUGCCUUAAUGACUGCCUGCACAUCCUGCAGCUUCAGCAACUGGCCCGGCACAGAGUUCCACUCGGAGGGCCGACCAUCGAAUGGCUGGAACCCAAACUGCCGGACACUCUAAAGAAUGGUGGCACUCUGGCUAGCAUCACCAAAGACAGCGGCAAAACACAGGGGACUGCUGUAGAACCUGCUGAAAUGGACUCCUGUGACGUUGCUGGGGAGCAGGAAGACAUUGAUGCAGAAGAGGAGCAGGAAGACUCCUUUCCAGUUGAGGAAGAGGACUUGGGAGCGGUCGAGGAAGAACGUAGUGUCAUCCUGCACCUUCUCUCUCAGCUCAAACUGGGCAUGGACCUUACCAGAGUGGUCCUUCCUACAUUUAUCCUGGAGAAACGCUCUUUGCUGGAGAUGUACGCAGACUUCAUGUCUCACCCAGACCUUUUUGUGGCCAUCACAGAUGGCACCAGUCCUAUGGACCGUAUGAUCAGAUUCGUGGAGUAUUACCUCACUUCCUUUCACGAGGGCCGCAAGGGAGCUAUUGCCAAGAAGCCCUACAACCCAAUCAUUGGCGAAACAUUCCACUGCUCCUGGAGAGUGCCAAAAAUGGCAGUGUCUCAAGGAAGUGUUCAGAAAGAGGGCUCCAGUGCAUCAGACUGCUACCAUUUGAGAUUCGUGGCUGAGCAGGUGUCCCACCAUCCACCCGUCUCGGGCUUCUACGCUGAAUGCCAGGAGAGGCAGAUGUGUGUAAACACACAUGUGUGGACCAAAAGCAAGUUCAUGGGCAUGUCAAUCGGCGUUUCCAUGAUUGGAGAGGGUAAUCUGCACCUGUUGGAGCACGGCGAAGACUACACAUUUACUCUGCCAUCAGCCUAUGCCCGCUCGAUCCUCACCGUGCCCUGGGUGGAGCUGGGCGGAAAGGUCAACGUGAACUGCGCCAAGACAGGCUACAGUGCAGCCAUCACCUUCCAGACCAAGCCUUUCUAUGGGGGCAAGCUGCAUAGAGUGAACGCAGAGGUGAAGCACAACCCCACCAACUCUGUAGUGUGUCGCGUGCAGGGGGAAUGGAAUGGCGUGCUCGAGUUUGCCUACAGCAACGGUGAGACGCGCGUCAUAGACGUCCUCAAGCUACCCAUCACCAGGAAAAGAGUGCGGCCUAAAGAGCAGCAAGGACCUUACGAGUCCAGGCGACUGUGGCAGCAUGUGACCGAGUCCUUGCUACAGAAGGACAUGGAAAAGGCCACGGAGCACAAGCGCUUCCUGGAGGAGAGACAAAGGAAAGAGGAAAGACACCGCACUGAGACCGAGACGCCAUGGAGGACCAAAUACUUUGAAAGAAAAGGUGAAGGCUGGGUGUAUUACAAACCACUAUGGAAAAGUGUUCCAGCACAGAGCUCCUCUUCUGCAGUGCUUCAGUCUAACCCCUGACCACAGCUCCAACCCUGAUCCCUCACCUGCAGGAGCCUGACCCUCCAGGGCUGUCUGUGGGGUCUUGUGCUCUCUCUUUUACAAAUGAAGAGGUGCACACACACAUACAUAUGCACAUGCGCGUGCGCACACGCACAUAUAUAUACACACACGCACGCGUGCACGCGCGUAUUCAAAGACUCCCUUCCUUAUGAUUCCUUAAUAAAGUUAUGGCUAUAAUGCUCUCUGGAGAGUAGUGGACUGCCUGAAUCAGAUCAAAUUCAGCAUCCCUUGAUUUUGGUCUAAUAUUACAAUGAAUCGUUCUGAUCCACAAGAGAUCCCAGUGUGCACAGGUGUCUUUCUUUUUUUUUUUUUAUGUUGCCUUAAUGGGAAUUGUGAAUAGUAUGAGAACGUGUUGAUGUCUGACAGGUGUUUGAGGAUUGUGUUUGAGGAUGCUUUAUUUCUUUACAUAAUUCUUCUCUUGAUCUUAUUAUAGAAUGCUGUUCUCUGGCCAGAUUAUGGCCAAACCUUUUCCAGUAUGCGAGCAGUUUGAUAUGAUUUUGAUAUCAUCAGGGAGAUCUUCAAAGUUUCGUGCAGGAGCAUCUUGAUGUUUGACUAAAUGAUGAGCAGUAGCUCUUUUGUUUUUUGUUUUGUUUUUUUGUUUGUUUUUUUCCAUCAGAGCUGGAUUCCAUAAAACAUCUGGAGCCAUGAUGAAAGCAAAUUCACUGGUUUGGCCUUUCAUUUGUGCUACAUUGGUUAGCCAAGUGUUUGGAGAGAGGUGUUGAGAGCUGUAUUAGUUUUCAUAAACCUUUUUUUUUUUUUCCUCUCUUGCUCGCCCUUUUCUCUCUAUUUGUCUCCUCAUUGCUCAGGUGGGGGCUUGCUCUGAUUUUCAAAACAGUGCGCUGUUUUGAAAGCACACAAAUUUACUGGCUUCAAUUAUAAAACUGACAACUUGGAACAUCAAAUGAAUCCAUCGGUUCCAGUCUUCAUUAGUUUUCUCUGUUGAUAUCUUUCAAUAUGUGAAACUAUCAUACAGUAUUAUUGCAAUUUGAUCAGAAAUGUCAAAUCACAUGCAGUGAAUGCUCUGCUCUGUAGUUUUCCUUUCUCUCUUUUGUAAUUCUACCUCUCGACUGCAACUCUUCAGUCUGAAAGGCAAUCAGAUAUAAACCACAGAUAGCGAAAGAUGUGGUGGAUAUUUAGUUUUUGAGCCAUAAGAAGCCAGCAGAAAUAACAAAGGAAGAAAACUGAACAACCUAAAAUAUUAAGCGUGCAGAGAUUUCCUGAUCGACUGAAACAAAGCUCAUUUACUUUUAAAUGCUGCAUUUUUACUUCUGAUUGAUGGCAGUUUAAGUGAAAAUGUGUUGGACAGAGCACAAGUGAAGAACCUCUCAUACGAAAGCGCUACUUUAACCCCGGUUGGUCUUGCUGAGAAAUUUGUGGUGCCUUAUUUGUGUUGGUCUUCCUCACGUUCAUGCCUGCAAACACAUUCUUUAUGGAAUACAUUGAGUAUGUACGUAUGUGCUCCCAAUUCCUAGCAUCUUAGCAAGGACACCCAGAACGUUCGCUGUCUGUUCUCUGCUCUGUACAGUUUGUGUUUUAAUUCACACACUUGGCUUUCCACUCAGGGGGCUGAUCUUCAGAACACAUAUUUAAACUAACCAAGUUACAUGACGCUUUCAGUGGAGCAUCUCCACUGAAAAUGUCCAAAUCAGGAUGUGAACUGUCUGUCUGUCUGUCUGUCUGUUUGCAAACAGGCCCCAAGUGUGUCUUGCUGAGCUGUGAACUGCACUGAUGUUUUAAUUAUCCUCCUGGUAGCCUGAGAAAAGAAAUGAAUGAACCAAUAAAGUUGAUAAUGUAUUUGAAA